CCGGAUCUGAGAACCCUAAUCCAAGCAGCAUGUGGGGCCCAUUCUCAGGCUUUCAGGGAAUUUUACGCCUCCUGGAAAUAAUUUUCAGCGCUGUUGCUUUCAUCAUUGUCAUCUGCAAAGGGAGGAUGGUCGUCCCAUGGGGCGUUUGGUGCGAGUUUGUCUGGGUGUUCUGCAUUAUUGUGCCCCUGGUCCUGGCCGUGGUGGAGAGCAAAAAGUUGCACAUCCUUCUGGCUGCCUUCCUUCCAAACUGGGCUGAUCUUACCUUUGGGCUGACCGGGGUGUGUAGCAUCAUGAUCGUCUCCGCCACGGGGGCCUUUCUCUGUGUUUUCGUCUGCCUCACCUGUAUCGCAGACAUUCUGUGUCUCAUCUUCUCAUUCGCUGCUACUGUGUGCUUUCUGAUUGACGCUAUCAUGCAGAAGAUGAAGCUCCCCAGCGGUUACAUGACCAGCCUGAGAGGAACUCUACGCAUAUCGGAGGCUUUUGUCGCCUGCAUAAUUCUCACUGCUGCCACGGACCAUUUUGUGAGAGGGGAGUGGUUCUAUAAGCCAUUUGGGAUGACUUUAUGCGCCAUUAUUUUUGGAGUUUGCCUUCUGGUCACUGUAGUCAUCUUAGUUCUCAAUCUGCUCAAGCUUUUGCAGUGUCUGCUCACAUUCAAGCUGAGCUUGGUUGAAUUUGUGUUUAACAUUGUGGCAGUGGUGUUGUAUCUGCUUGCUGUUAUUCUUUGGACAGUUUUUGGGUACAAACGCCCCAAGCACAACCCUUACACCUGUAUCAAAUGUGCAUAUGCAGAUAUGAAUACUGUUACUGUUGGAAGCAUUUUGAAUCUCAUUCUUUACAUUAUAGAUGCGUUUUUUUCCUUAAAAUCCCUGUAG